GUGCACGCUCGCUCCUGCUGCGCUACCAUUCGAGCGCUGGGGACGGACGGGAGGCAGACACACAGCACCGGGAUGCAACUGCACUGCACGACUUACGCUGACAGAUACUUCCCGCUUCUGUUUGCAGGGCUGCUCUGUUCUUGGAGGGUGACAACACGCCGCCCCUGAAAUCAUCCAAAAAGUACUGAGAAAAUGCAGCUUCACGUCAGCAGCCACGCUCAAAGCUGACGGACAGAACCUCCGACGAGCAAUCACAAAGAUCAAAAAGCUGCGACUCCUAGCGGCACUCUCGUGAACGAUCCUGGCCUGAACGCAAUCGCGGCGUCUUCCGAAGUAUCAGGACCAAUCAUGUCCAAGGACGACGCUUGCAAAGUGACGUCUGGCGGGAAGCACAAGGAGCGCAAACCCAAGAAGCCUCACUACAUCCCUCGUCCGUGGGGAAAGCCCUACAACUACAAAUGCUUCCAGUGCCCCUUCACCUGCAUGGAGAAGUCCCACCUGUACAACCACAUGAAGUACAGCCUGUGCAAGAACUCCCUCUCGCUACUCAUAGAGUCCGAAUGGCCCUACAAAAAGGGCAACAACGUCCUGCACCAGGACCAGCUGCGACCGUCACAGCAGGUCCUCCGUGGGGCUGGGAAAGACGCCCAGGACCGGGCGACUCGGACUGAGGAGGGGCAGCAGAGGAGCGCGGAGGAAGACGGGGAAGAUCGGGAAAACCGCCGACAGGAAGAGGAGGGAGAGGAGGGCCAGACGUUGGUGAAGGAGAGGUCUGAAAAAGGAGACACUGCGGAGUGCAAAGCAGAUUCCGAAUUGUUGAUGGCAGACAUGCUUUCCCUGGAGGACCAGCUCCUGCGAGCGCGCUCCGUGGAGGUGGAGGCCCAGUUGAAACACUACAAGACCCUAUCCAAGACCUGCAUGACAGCUCCCGCGUUGCUCUCAGACCAGUGGCGUCUCCUGACUGCCAGCAAGGCCAAAAGCGAAGGCGCUCAGGCCCGAAUGAACACUUCAAUCCCCUGCUAUCCUCCCCCGCCAAACCUGGUGGAUUACCAGGAUCCGGCUGGGCUCAACCUUUCCGUGCUCGGGGUGGGCUAUCCCAUUGGCCCCGGUCUUUUCUCCUACAUGAAUUCUACGCUCCCCGCCACUCAAACCCACGCGCAGCUCGCCCAACUCCCCUUCCUGGCGUCAGCCGCCCAGCUGAUCCAUCCGGCCUCCGGCAACCACGCGGACAGAACUCUCAUCCCCCCGCGGCUCUACUACCCGUUCCUGUGCGAGCACAGCUUCGGAUCGGCCUCCGGUCAGAGUGAUACUGCAAAAGGACACAAAACAUCCCUAAACACUGCCGAUACAUUUUCAUUGUCUGGCUUCCAGCCCAAAGUUAACCUGUGGAAAGUGCCAGCUUUGAGACCCGGGGCUACUCCGGUUUCCCCCGUUGGUCGGUCGUCACCUCAGGGAGGUUCUUCCGACCCAGCCUACAGGCUGGGGCAUAAAGUGCAAGCUUCAGUCAAGGAAGGUAAAACGAGUUGGAGUCUCAAGCGGACUGGCGGCCCCAUAAUAAACCACGACGGUCCCGUCGAAAAGAAGCCGACGGCGGGCUUCACUUUGGACCCUCCGAAGAACAUCAAGACAAGUCCAACUCUAAAUAUAGCGUCAGACAAACUUAGUUCACAGAAUUUUCACCGAAAGACAAGAUCCUCAGAAUCCUUGUACACCGAUCACCUCACCAGUCCAAAAAGUGAAGCAUCCUCUCGGGCAGCUUCUACCGGGGGGCACGGGAGCCAGGACCUGACGACCACGCGUCCCGAAGGGGGCGGGGCCUCGGAUUCGGUGGCUGCUCUCCUCAAUGACCUGUCGAAAGCCUUACAGGAGUACCAGGAAGCGGAGCGCAACAUCUCCCACCUGGAGAAGGAAGACCUCCCCGUCCAGCACCACCUUUGGGAGCACCUGAGCAAAAUCCGAAACGAGCUCUCGCACAUCCAUCAAGCGCUGGAGAGGACUGCUCGCCAGAGCGACGGCCCGCUGGACCUUUCGUUCAAGAGAGAGUCCACCGACUCCAAGGAUUUUGGCCAAAAGGACAAUAUGGCAGAGACGGACGAGGAGCAAGAGGAGGAGGAGGAGGAGGAGGAGGAGGAGGACAGGGAGGAAGAGGAGAGGAAAGCCACAAGGGCCUCGCUGGAGACUCGUAAGCAGUCGCUGGACAUGCUGAUCAAGAUGAGUAACGCCGGAGCAUCGGCGGUGACGGCGGAAGUCCUGGCUCCGGGGGCCUUGUGGCACAGCAGAACCACAAAGUGCGAAGCCGACUCCAGCGUGCUGCUGUGCCCCGAUGGCAGAUCGGUCACGUUUGCAGACAUCCCGUCCUCCGCCAAAGUGGCCAAAAGGCCGUCGUCCAUGCAGUGCCCCCAAAGUCCAUUAACAGCUACAGACAAUUAAAGCUUGGUUGUCUACGGAGAUCGUCGAUCAUCCAGAAUAGAUCAUAGCAAUCUGCGAAAGCAGAAUCGGGGAAAAUGGACUCUUCUUGGUUGCGAAAGAUGUUUCAACAGUGCUGGGCCAUCUAUUCUCUUCAUUUCGUAGCUCAUCUUUUGGCUGCGCUGCUUCCACUACGGGAAUAUGGAAGUCAGAUUUUUUUUGUCCAAACAGGUUUCAGUCUCUAUGUGUUGCCAUGUCAAUCUAAUCCGCCUUGGGCCUUCAGAAUCAGUAUUGCUGGUCCAUGUAACUUCAACAAUAUUAGCUAUGGAACUGUUUCUUUAACCAAUUGGAUUUCAAAUUUGCCUCAGAGGGCCAAUUGGCUGGCCCAGAAUUUUUCCAUCUUCUGAUUUGUUGGUCAGAGCAAGCCAAGAUUUUGCAAAACAUCUGCACACAUUCUGAUAUUUAAUAAUAAGCAUCUGGUGAGUAAAAUUUAGAACCAAAAGAAACUGUUUGGACUAAAUGUGAAAUGUCAUCGUCAGCAAAGGAGUCCACUUGCCUCCAUUCAACUUUUGCAGAUUCUUCUUAUAAACACACAGUCUUCAAUUUUGAAGGCUUGUCUUUGAAUUUUUCAGACUACAGCAGAACCACCGUCACCAUUAUUGUCUUUUUUUGUAGUUCAAAAGGACAUUCAACACUUUUAUAUGGAGGCCCAGACAUGACAUGGGGGGGGGGAGGGAACAAAAGUAAAUUGUGGCUGAAAUAUAGGUACAACGAGUGCACAGAAUGCUAAUUUGUGGCCGGGAAAUACAAAUUUAUGGCCACAAAUGACGAACUAGGUAUAGCGUGUGCACAAAAUGCGAAUUUGUGCGCACAAAUUAAUGACAAAUGGUAUUGCUUUUACAAGCGAAGGUGUGCUCCAUUUGUCUUACCCAGAUGUAGUUUUUCAUGGAAAUAAUAUUAAACCAAUAAAUUGGUAUUUCGUGUACUCCUUGUCUCCUGGCCACAAAUUAGCAUUUCGUGAGCAUGUCAUAUUGAUAUUCAUUUUAAAAAUGUAAUUCCCAUGUCAUGUCAUCCUUUCCGAUAAAAGACAAAAAGACACGUUUCACAGAUGCACUAUUACAUUUUGAUUGUCACACUGUUGUCAUUUGAAAAAUUGGAGCAAUCAGUUCAAGGAACAAUUGUUUCCACCAGUUUGUAAAUGAUGUGGAAAAAAAAUAAAACCAUGUACAGGGUUUAAAAGGGUAAAUGGUUUUAUAAAGACAGCUUUAUGUCUGUUGUCAGUUCACUGAAAAAUAAAAUUGUAUUGUACACACAUUUCUUGGAAUAAACCCAAUAAUAAAGCAAAAAUUCAAAAAAAUAAAAAACAAUGACGAGCAUUAUAUUACAGCGAAAUGAUAAAUACAAACAUACCAAGAUUUUGUAAGUAGAUUUUAUUCAUGUAGCAUGUCUCACAUCAUUAAGUCCUGGUUAAUUAAAUGUGCUAUAAACUCCAA